ACGCGGGGAAAUCAACCUUUGAAAUCCCAACAUAUGAUGUUUUCGGGAAAUCAAUGAGGAUUUCGUCUUCCAGUUUAUCUAUCAUCACCAUCACCAUCACCAUCACCAUCACCAUCACCAUCACCAUUCACCACCAUCUCUCGUUCUCACAUUAAUUAAUCUACUUCCCACUUUUCACUUCACUCCUUAUAUAUAUAUACCAUACGAUUCUAUGUCUAAAUCUCCAUCCUACCUUCAUACCCUCCCUUCCCUUCUCAUAUACAACAAAAAUGGGUGAUAUUUCUUUCUCCAAUGCCAAUUCCAAUGGCAACACCAAUGUCUAUUCUCAGAGGAAAAGCUGUUGGUAUGAAGAGGAAAUCGAAGAGAAUUUGAGAUGGUGCUUUGCCCUUAAUAGUAUACUGCACACAGGAGCCACUCAGUUUCAGGACAUUCAACUUUUGGACACCAAACCCUUUGGGAAGGCUUUAGUGAUAGAUGGAAAGUUGCAAAGUGCAGAAAUAGAUGAAUUCAUAUACCAUGAAUCUCUUGUUCAUCCAGCACUUCUUCAUCACCCAAAUCCCAAGACCAUAUUUGUUAUGGGGGGAGGUGAGGGUUCCACUGCAAGGGAGCUGCUUAGACACAAGACUGUGAACAAGGUUGUCAUGUGCGACAUUGAUGAGGAAGUGGUGGAUUUUUGCAAGUCGUAUCUGGCGGUUAACAGCGAAGCUUUCUGCGAUCCACGACUUGAACUCAUCAUCAAUGAUGCAAGGGCGGAGCUAGAGAAGAGAGAAGAUAGAUAUGAUGUGAUCAUAGGAGACUUGGCAGACCCCAUAGAAGGAGGCCCAUGUUACCAACUCUAUACCAAGACCUUCUAUGAACUAACUGUAAAACCCAAACUCAUGCAGGGUGGCAUUUUUGUCACACAGGCUGGACCAGCUGGUGUUUUCAGCCACACAGAAGUGUUUUCGUGUAUUUUCAACACUCUUAAACAGGUUUUUAAAUAUGUUGUGCCAUACUCUGCUCACAUUCCUUCCUAUGCUGACAUUUGGGGAUGGAUCAUGGCAUCAGAUUACCCGAUAACGCUGAGCCCAGAUGAAUUGGAUUUGAGAAUGAAGCAAAGGAUCAAGGAUGAGAACAGAUACCUUGAUGGCAAAACAUUUGUUUCGGCUUCUACUUUGAGCAAAGCGGUUCGAAAAUCGUUGGACGACGAAACACAUGUGUACACAGAGGGCACUGCAAGGUUCAUCUAUGGGCAUGGCCAUGGUUCGGCUAACAAAAACAAUCAUGCUUGAUAACGUACCUACGACUAGUUGGAUGAAGAAUAUACUACACGCGAACGACAACAACUCAAGAAUUAAAAUUCCCUUUUUAAUGUUUUUAUUUGUUACUUUUUGGCUUUUAAAUUACCUCUUCUUUGUACUUGGUUUCUUUUUCUUAUUAUGUAGCUACAAUGGUAAAUUCCUAAAUGUUAAUGAAUUUCUCU